AUGGCGACUCAAUUUCUCUUGGUGUUGUCAGUUAUGUUGUUGAUCCAAUCGCACGGGGGGAAAGGAGACGACACUCCAAUCAGUAGGUUCCAGCAAUACCUAAGAUUCAAAACGGCUCAUCCAAACCCGAACUACAGCGCACCCAUCAGUUUCCUGGUAGAGCAAGCUGAGUCAAUGGGUCUAACAACUCGAACCAUAGAAUACGUAAGAGGAAAGCCAGUUCUCCUGGUGACAUGGCUCGGCUCCAACCCCAAACUCCCUUUCAUUCUCUUAAACUCCCAUCUCGACUCCGUUCCCGCCGAAGCAGAUAAAUGGAUCCAUCCACCCUUCUCAGCUCACCGAACCUCCGACGCUGGUCUUAUCUACGCUCGCGGCUCCCAGGAUGAUAAGUGCAUCGGAGUUCAGUAUCUCGAGUCUAUCAGGAACUUGAAAUCCAGAGCCUUCCUUCCUCUCCGCACUCUCCACAUCUCUUACGUUCCCGACGAAGAGAUCGGAGGUUUCGACGGGAUGGCCAAGUUCGCCGCCUCCUCCGAUUUCCGCGAGCUGAAUGUUGGAUUCGCCAUGGACGAAGGGCAGGCCAAUCCGGGAGAUGACUUUAGGGUUUUCUUCGCUGAUCGGACUCCCUGGGAGCUGGUGAUUAGAGCUCAUGGCAUCCCUGGGCAUGGUGCUAAGCUUUAUGACAAUGGAGCUAUGGAAAAUCUCAUGAAGAGUGUUGAGCUCAUCUCCAAGUUUAGGGACUCUCAGUUUGAUUUCGUCAAAGCUGGCAAAGCUGCCAACUCCGAGGUUAUCUCUGUCAAUCCAGUUUAUCUCAAAGCUCGAACUCCUUCCAACACUGGAUUUGUGAUGAAUAUGCAGCCUUCAGAGGCAGAAGCUGGAUAUGAUCUAAGGCUGCCUCCAAUGGCUGAUCCUGAUCUUAUGAAGAAAAGGAUUGCUCAGGAAUGGGCUCCUUCUAUUAGGAACAUGACCUACACGAUAAAAGAGAAGGGGAAGUUAAGGGACCAUUUAGGACGACCGAUAAUGACUGCAACUAAUGGUUCGAAUCCUUGGUGGGCUGUCUUCAAGCAAGCUGUUGAAGCAACUGGUGGAAAACUCGCAAAGCCUGAAAUUUUGGCUUCAACCACAGAUGCGCGCUAUAUUCGCACUUUGGGAAUUCCACUUCUGGGUUUCUCACCCAUGAUCAAUACUCCUAUCCUAUUGCAUGACCAUAACGAGUUUCUUAAAGAUACCGUAUUCUUGAAAGGAAUAGAAGUAUAUGAAUCGGUUAUCAGCUCUUUAAGUUCCUUUGAGGGAGUAUCUGCUCAAAUGAUCUGA